GACGUCACGGCGGCGGCAGUUAGCGACGGAGGCGGCGGCAGUUGGAGGCGGCGGCGGCGCGCGCGCGCGCACAGCCAUGACCAUCUGUCAGUUCUUCCUGCAGGGUCGCUGCCGCUUCGGUGACAGGUGCUGGAACGAGCAUCCCCGCGGCGGCGGGGGCCGCCCUCACUCAGCAGGUCCCGUCAGAGGAGCCGGAGGAGGAUGGGGUGCCGCUUCCCAGAGAUACGCAAAUGUUAUCCAGCCUCCUAUAUUUAAGCACAGCACGUGGGGUGGCAGCGGUGAUGGAGGAGGAUUUUCUGGUGCCUCCGAUUUUGGAUCACCGGGCAACAAAAGUGCGGUCUUCUCACAGAACAGAUUCUCUGCGUUAAGCAGUGCACACCCUGCUGAUGGCUUCAGCGAUGAAGAACAGAGACUUCUUGACUGUGUAGCAAAAGACAUGGCAACGUGGGAAUCUUCUGGACAGUGGAUGUUUUCGUGUUACUCUCCUGAGGCAGGCAAGCCUAAUGUUUCAGGCUUUCGAGAAUUCUCGGCUGAGGAGGUGCGUCUGGAGUAUUAUAACUGCAGUGCAAACAACAACACUGAGAACUACAUAAACUCUGUCAAUCAGUUAGUGCAAGAAUGGAGAAACAGGCUGCAGGAGCUGAAGGCUUUAAAUGCGUCAGGAAAAGAGUCAUUGCUAUCUCAGUUAAAGAAUGCGGUCACUCAACCAUUACCUUCUCUUGGAUUUGGAGGACAGCAAGCCUCAAGCUUUGGGUUUCCAAGCUUUCCUGUGAGCAGCAGCAGCGGUGCUGCCAGUUUCUCCUUUAAGGCCAAUCCCAGUGUCCCACCUGGAAACGCUGCGGCUGUUGGGAGCUCUGCUGCUGCCUCCAAUCCUCCUACGCUUGGGGUGACGUCCUCGCCCAGCGUUCCCAAUCCUGUUGGCUCUGGCAAUUCUUCAGCCCCAUCUGCAGCCCCCUCGUCACUUAACGCUCCUGGAGCAACCGGUGGUUGUGGAACUUCUGGGCUUUCAGGCUCUGGAAGUUCUGCUGCUGCAAACUCUUCAUGCACCGCUCUGCUCCCUGGGAGUUCUGCUGCUGCAAACUCUUCAAGCACCGCUCCUCUCCCUGGAAGUUCUGCUGCUGCAAACUCUUCAAGCACUGCUCCUCUCCCUGGGAGUUCUGCUGCUGCAAACUCUUCAAGCACCGCUUCUCUCCCUGGGAGUUCUGCUGCUGCAAACACUUCAAGCACCGCUCUGCUCCCUGGAAGUUCUGCUGCUGCAAACUCUUCAAGCACCGCUCUGCUCCCUGGGAGUUCUGCUGCUGCAAACUCUUCAAGCACUGCUCUGCUCCCUGGGAGUUCUGCUGCUGCAAACUCUUCAAGCACUGCUCCUCUCCCUGGGAGUUCUGCUGCUGCAAACUCUUCAAGCACCGCUCCUCUCCCUGGGAGUUCUGCUGCUGCAAACUCUUCAAGCACCGCUCCGCUGCCAGUUUCUGCAAUUCCCAGUGCAGCGACAGGAACUUCCCAGUCAGGUGCAAGCAGUGCUUCGGCUGCACAGACUGCCGGUGCCUCUGGACAUAACGUAACGUCCGCGCCUUCUGCAGUCCGAGACGGUAUCAGACCAGAGCGGUUAUAUACACCAAGGAGUGAAUUAACAGCUGAAGAGUUGCGGCAGUUUGCAGCCAAAAGGUUCACGCUAGGAAAGAUACCUCUGAAACCACCACCCGCAGACAUGUUACAUGGUUCGGACUCGAGUUUAUUCUGAAGUUAUAUGUCUUAGUUGUUGUUUUGUGACACUUUCAAUAAACAAUGUUGUGUUGGA